AUGACGCUGGGUCCAGCUCACAUUCAUCUACCAUUAACACUCGACCUUGACCAUAGCAAUAACACACAACACAGGCGGGAACUACCAGAGAGGUCUGCCGAUAAUAUGGUUCUCCAAGAGAUCGAGAAGUCAUCCGAAACUAGUUUCAUCGACCCAGCGCCCAACUCCGAUACAGACACUUACGCCAAUGGUUCAAACACCAGUGUACUGCCACAACAUAGCAUCAACUUCAAUCCGCCUGGCACACCUGCAGCCGUUGUAGAUCUAAGUCCGUACGUCGGGUUUGUGCUCUCAGAGCGACAAUUACGAGUGUCCGUGGAAAAAGUUUCGCAGGCGACUGUAGGCUUGCUCAAGAGGCCAGCGAGACAAGAUGAGGCGGAAGCGGUAGUCCACUACACGGCGACAGUGACAAGGAACGGGACAAUUUGCAACGACCUAGGCCUGGCGGUUGCGUGCACAGUCUUCUCGAUGACAAGGCACACAUAUCUUUUUCCCGGAUGGCAACCGGGAAAGACUUUCAAUGCAGAUGCUUUUGGACCUUUGCGUGGUCGCACUGCGAGGUUCAUGUGGCAAGGAACACGCUUAUUCGCAUGGACUACCGCAGCAUUGUUGGUCAGUACUGCGGCAUCUGCGACCUGGGGCGUCACAGUGCUGGCCCCUACCUACUUUCGUGACCCCCGGAUACGAGAUAUUCUUGCAGCCAUGCGUCGAAAUGCAAAGGAACAGUCCAUCAGGAAAGAGAUUGAUCAAGCUCCGGGCCAACGAGCCGGUGAGACAUUCGAGAUGGCCAGGCAACGAAGUGCAUUCCAAACUGCCACAAGGGACCGCAACAACCGUGCAGGCAGCGAAGACGAGAUGUCACCUACGAAUGGCGCUUGGGCGCGAGAGGCCGCGAACGCCAAUUCGAAUAAUGGUAUUACGAGCGGCACAACUCACGAAACAAGCGAGUUAGUGCCUCAGCGCAGCAGCGACUCCCAAGCAAAUUCUGGAAGCACGUCAACAAGACCACCAUCCCAAGGCAGUGCGUGGGAUAAAUUGAGACAGCAAGCACUGUCGCAGCCAGACCACCACAGAGAUGAUCGCGAUGCAUCUUCGGCUGCCUCGGGACUCGACCAGGUAUUUCCAGCUGAGGACGAUCUAAGGUCGUCCCGAGCUAGGGCUCAAAGAGAGUUUGAUGAGCAGGUGGAACGCGAACGUAAAGGGGGUGACUUUGGCGACAAACCCUCGAGCCGACGAGGCUUGUAG